AUGCGCCUCAACAUCCUUUUUGCCGUCGGUCUUGCAACAGAUUUUGCAUUGGCCAGCGUUUGCAAACCACGAUCCUCUGCCAGUUCUAGCGCUGUGUCUAUCGAGAGUGUGACUUCGACCAUUUUUGCCACUGCUCCAACAACGACUGUCGAAGUUGAAUCAACGACUGCUACCUCUGCCAAUCCGUCGACUACUCCCACGUCUACUGUUGAUGAUGAGACUACAACCGAGGCUACAGAGACGGCCACUUCCACCGAAACAUCCGAGACUGUCGGCUUAUCGACUACUGUAUUUGAGACAACAGACACUGCAGAGGCCAUCUCAACAGGGACCGCCACUACUGAUACUGCAGCCACGGAUGCUUCUACCACUGAUGAGGCUACAACCACUGCCGCGACUACAUCUCCUGAGACAACCACAGCCGAUGCUACUACCACAACCGCAGACACCUUCGUCCCCAUCCCAACAUUCAACGUCCUUGCUAUCGGCGCGCAAGUCGACGGCCAAAAAGUCAGCGGCGAGGUAGAAACAGGCAACGAGAUAGGAUGGAACCUCCAAGGCGCACCGCAGAUCCUCGCAUUCUCCAUCGACCCCGACACAAACCAAGUCAUUGAAAUCGGCGGAUACUAUCUGUGUGUCCGAUACACCGACAAAGAAAUCCACCCUCUCAUGCUCUGUGAUCCCGGCACCGAGAACAACUUCAUAGGCGGGCUUUCUUAUGUUACAUGUGAGCAGACUCGCGAUCGCAGGCUGGAGUGUUCGGCUCCUGCUGGCCAGUGUAUAGACGACCCUCUUACUAGUUUUCCGAUAUGUUCGGCCGUUCCUGGGACGUUGACUGCAUUCUAUACGCAUCCUGGUAUGACGACGGGCACUGGUCUUACUAUGGGACGGGAGGGCAACAGCCCUACUACCGAUACGCAGUCUGUCGACCUUGGGAUUGAACCUGCUUCUGAUGAUACAUAG